UUCCGGUGCCUCGUUGCCGUGGUGACUGCGUGACGGCUCCUCGGGGGACGCGGCGCCUUUAAGGGGCGGGGCUCCCGGCCGCGGUGCAUUGUGGGGCGGCGGCGCGGCCUAGCUGUGUUACAGGGGGAAGUAAAAUGGCGUCUGGGACAGCGGUAAACGCAGCUCCUUCGGGAGGGCCGGGCGACGUGAGCAUGGAGGAGCCGAAGAAGAUGACGAGGGAGGACUGGAGGAAAAAGAAGGAAUUGGAGGAGCAGAGGAAACUGGGGAACGCGCCUGCGGAAGUGGAUGAGGAAGGAAAAGAUAUCAAUCCUCACAUCCCUCAGUACAUAUCUUCAGUCCCGUGGUACAUCGAUCCUUCCAAAAGACCAACGCUGAAGCAUCAGAGGCCUCAGCCAGAGAAGCAGAAGCAGUACAGCUCCUCGGGAGACUGGUACAAACGGGGAGUGAAAGAGCACUCUAUAGCUACCAGAUACCGCAAGGGAGCUUGUGAGAACUGUGGUGCACUGACACACAAAAAGAAGGACUGCAUGGAGAGACCCAGGAAAGUUGGAGCAAAGUACACAGGCAUGAAUAUUGCACCAGAUGAACACGUGCAGCCUCAGCUGAUGUUUGAUUACGAUGGAAAGCGAGAUCGCUGGAAUGGUUAUAACCCAGAAGAGCACAUGAAGAUUGUGGAGGAAUAUGCCAAGGUUGACUUGGCCAAGCGCACGCUGAAAGCCCAGAAGCUUCAGGAGGAGUUAGCAUCAGGAAAGCUGGAACAAGUGAACUCCCCAAGACACCAGUGGGGAGAAGAGGAACCAAAUUCACAGACAGAAAGAGAUCAUAACAGUGAAGAUGAAGAUGAAGAUAAAUAUGCAGAUGACAUUGAUAUGCCUGGGCAGAACUUUGACUCUAAAAGACGAAUCACAGUUCGGAAUUUACGUAUUCGGGAAGAUAUUGCAAAAUACCUGAGGAAUUUAGAUCCAAACUCUGCUUAUUAUGACCCCAAAACGAGAGCAAUGAGGGAGAAUCCAUAUGCCAAUACAGGCAAGAAUCCAGAUGAGGUUGGUUAUGCAGGUGACAACUUUGUUCGUUACACUGGAGAUACCAUUUCAAUGGCGCAGACUCAGUUGUUUGCUUGGGAGGCUUACGACAAAGGCUCUGAAGUUCAUCUUCAAGCAGACCCUACAAAACUAGAGCUGCUCUAUAAAUCCUUCAAAGUGAAAAAAGAAGACUUCAAGGCACAGCAGAAAGAAAGCAUUCUAGAGAAGUAUGGAGGACAAGAACAUCUAGAUGCCCCACCAGCUGAGUUGCUGUUAGCUCAAACAGAAGAUUAUGUAGAGUAUUCUAGGCAUGGAACAGUGAUCAAAGGACAAGAGAAAGCUAUUGCUUGCUCUAAAUAUGAGGAAGAUGUGAAGAUUAACAACCAUACAUGCAUUUGGGGUUCAUACUGGAAGGAAGGCAAGUGGGGUUACAAGUGCUGCCACUCAUUUGUCAAGUUCUCAUACUGUACAGGAGAAGCUGGGAAAGAAAUUGCUAAUGCUGAAGCAAACUUACUAGAGGAGCAACCCAGGGAGGAGGAGCAUGUGACCAAACCCAAAACACUGAUGGAGAUCCACCAAGAAAAACAGAAGGAGAAGAAAAAGAAGAAACACAAGAAGAGCUCAAAUUCAGACAGUGAGGGUGAAGAGAAAAAGAAGCAAGAAAAACUUAAAAAGGCAUUAAAUGCAGAAGAGGCUCGUCUCCUGCAAGUUAAAGAAAUUAUGCAGUUAGAUGAGAGGAAGAGACCAUACAACAGCGUGUAUGAGACCAGGGAGCCAACAGAAGAGGAAAUGGAAGCCUAUAGAAUGAAACGUCAGAGACCUGAUGAUCCCAUGGCCUCUUUUCUUGGACAGUAGCUGAAGUCAUUUCAAUACCCAAGACUUUUUUCUUCUUUUCUAUGCUUGUUUACGAGUCCAUAGACAGUUCCCUUCUAUGCAGCUCAGAAAUGCCAGACAUGGCAGAGAUCCGUGUACCACAGAGGCUGGUGAGAAAGUCUUUCGGUAGACUUGAGCAGUCUAGUACUUAAAACAAUGUUAUGUUUGUAUGUAUAUAUACAGUCACAAAUAUAUAUGUACAUAAGUGUAUAAAUGCAUUUUAAAAACA